GAGGAAGUGCGCCUGCGUCAUUUCUGCAGAAACACAAGCUAGCAGGUAGCUAAACCUGAGUGAUGGCGUCUGCAGCGAUGGAUACCACGUAAAUAAAUAACAACAGAGACGUUACGGUCGGUGCUCGUUCGUGCGUCGUUAACGGGUCCGGUUUUUGUGUAGGAAUAAAACAAUUAAACACUAAAUUGUGUCGUUAUGGCGACCGGGAGCAGCGGCGGCGGUGGGUUGGCGUCAAACCAUGACGGUCAGGAGGCAGCUUCCAACUCGGCUCAGUGUGGAGCCGCAGCGGCGCUCUCCAACGUGCCAGCCUCCGGUCCUACGCCGUCCGCCUCCCCGCCCGUCCUCGGCCUCCACCGGGAGCCCAUGUACAACUGGCAGGCGACGAAGAGCUCCCUCAAGGAGCGUUUCGCCUUCUUGUUCAACAACGAGCUGCUCAGCGACGUCAGGUUCAUAGUAGGGAAAGGCAGGCAGGCCCAGAGGAUACCGGCCCACAAAUUCGUCCUGGCCGCCGGCAGUGCUGUCUUUGAUGCGAUGUUUAACGGAGGGAUGGCCACGACGUCGGCUGAGAUAGAGCUGCCUGAUGUGGAGCCUGCUGCCUUCCUGGCCCUGCUCAGGUUCCUGUAUUCUGACGAGGUCCACAUUGGUCCAGAGACUGUGAUGACGACAUUGUACACAGCUAAGAAGUACGCUGUCCCCGCUCUGGAGGGUCACUGUGUCGAGUUCCUCACUAAGCACCUCAGAGCCGACAACGCGUUCAUGCUUCUCACUCAGGCAAGGUUAUUUGAUGAGCCUCAACUUGCCAGCCUCUGCUUAGACACCAUAGACAAAAGCACCGCAGACGCAAUAAAUGCAGAGGGCUUUACUGAUAUUGACCUCGACACCUUAUGUGCAGUGUUAGAAAGAGACACACUCAGCAUCAGGGAGAACCGUCUGUUUGGAGCGGUGGUACGCUGGGCAGAAGCCGAGUGUUACAGACAACAGCUUCCCCCAACGUCCGAAAACAAACAGAAGGUUCUGGGGAAAGCCCUGCCGCUCAUCCGCUUCCCGCUCAUGACUGUCGAAGAGUUUGCUGCAGGGCCUGCCCAGUCUGGAAUAUUGUUCGAUCGGGAGGUGGUAAAUCUGUUUUUACACUUUACAGUAAACCCCAAACCACGGGUCGACUACAUUGACAGGCCUCGCUGCUGCCUCAGGGGGGAGGAGUGCAGCAUUAAUAGAUUCCAGCAGGUUGAGAGUCGAUGGGGGUACAGUGGUACCAGCGACAGAAUCAGAUUCAAUGUUAAUAGAAGAAUAUCCAUAGUGGGGUUUGGCUUGUAUGGUUCAAUACACGGACCCACUGACUAUCAGGUCAACAUACAGAUCAUAGAGAGCGACAAACGCAUUACUCUGGGGCAGAAUGACACAGGUUUCAGCUGCGACGGCACAGCAAACACCUUCCGAGUGAUGUUUAAAGAGCCUGUGGAGAUCCUGCCUAAUGUCAGCUACACUGCAUGUGCCACCUUAAAGGGCCCAGACUCGCAUUACGGCACAAAAGGGUUGAAGAAAGUGACCCAGGAGUUUGCAACGGGCAGCAAGACCACGUUUUUCUUUUUUAGCUCACCUGGAAAUAACAACGGUACGUCAGUGGAGGACGGUCAGAUACCGGAGAUCAUCUACUACAACUAAACUGAACUCAGUGUCACACAGCCACACUGAACCAGGGAGACCUCAGACUGCUGGGAAGACUGGACUGUUAGAGGUUUACGUAGUGCCUCACGAUCCCUUGGAAUAAUGAAUGUGUGUGUUUGACUGAGUGUGUGUGUGAGUGUGAGUAUCUGUCUGUACAAUAGUGGUGUAGAGACAUGAUCUGGAAUGUGGAAACAGCCGGAGUUGUGGUAAAAAUCACGGCUCUGUAGUCCCAAAAAAACCAAGCUUUUGGAGCAUAAAUUGUAUCCUCACUUGUAAAUGAUCUAAAUACUGUCUGUCUGUGUUGGUAUCAGUGAGCUGCCUGCCAGUGUAGGAGUUUGUUCUGCACAUGUGAAACUACAGAGACAGCUUCCAUCUGUCUGUCAAUGCCAAUUCACUUUUCUUUGUCAGUUUUUACUGAUGCAUUUAUCAAAAGUAUAAUAUUUGCAUUUUUUUUAUUGUGCACUGUAUGAUUUAUUCAUCAGGUGUCUUUGAGUACAUUGUUUUUUUUUUGCAUUGUAUUAAAGAUCUGUGUGUGUUGUGUAACCUUGCCAGUGGUACAUGCUGUAAUUUAUGACAUCAUGUUUUGCUUAGUACUUCAUUAAAAUGUAAAAAAGCAACAACAACAAAGAAACAAAAGAAUGUUUCAUGGUGACACAAGUGGAAAAGAAAUAGUUUAUUUUUAGCUUUUUGGCAAUAAAAUGCAGUGAGACCAAA